AGAGAGAGAGAGAGAGAGAGGGAGGGGUAUAUUUAUAGCUCAGAGCGAGGCUGCACAAGAGAGAUAAGGCUCGAACUGACUGCAGAUAUAACGACAGACAAGACAGAGAGAGCGAAACGGAGAGAAACAAUGAACCAAUUCGUAUCGUUGGUGUUGCUGUGGACCCUGGCGGUCCUGUCCGCUACCGGGCCCGUUAGCGGGGCUGAGGAUGGCGAGAUCUCGUUCGAGUAUCACCGGUAUGAGGAACUACGGAAGGCUCUCGUGUCCGUAUGGCUACAGUGUCCAUCAAUCACGCGCAUCUACACGGUGGGGGAGAGCUUCGAGGGCCGCGAGCUGCUGGUCCUGGAGAUGUCAGACAACCCCGGGACGCACGAGGCUGGUGAGCCAGAGUUUAAGUACAUCGGAAACAUGCACGGCAACGAGGCGGUCGGACGGGAACUCAUCGUCUACCUGGCCCAGUACCUCUGUAACCAGUACCAACAGGGCAACGAGUCGAUCAUCGAUCUGAUCCACACCACACGUAUCCACCUGAUGCCCUCCAUGAACCCUGAUGGCUUUGAGAAGGCUGCCUCCCAGUCGGGGGAGCUGAAGGAUUGGUUCGUUGGUCGUAGUAACGCCCAGGGGGUGGACCUGAACAGGAACUUCCCUGACCUGGACCACAUCGUCUACGGCAACGAGAAGGAGGGCGGAGCCAACAACCACCUGCUCAACAACAUGAAGAAGGCCGUCGACGAAAAUACCAAGUUAGCUCCAGAGACCAAGGCAGUGAUCCGGUGGAUAAUGGAGAUUCCGUUCGUCCUCUCAGCUAAUCUGCACGGAGGAGAUGUGGUGGCCAACUACCCCUACGACGAGACACGCAGCGGUUCGACCCAUGAGUACAGUGCCAGUCCUGAUGAUAUCACCUUCAAGUCUCUGGCGAAGUCCUACUCCCAGUUUAAUCCAGUGAUGUCAGACCCCAAGAGGGCUCCGUGCAGAAAGAACGACGAUGACACCAGCUUCACCGACGGCAUCACCAACGGAGGGGCCUGGUACAGCGUACCCGGAGGAAUGCAGGAUUUCAACUACCUGAGCAGUAACUGCUUUGAGAUAACUCUGGAGCUGAGCUGUGACAAGUUUCCUGCUGAAGACACCCUGAAGACUUAUUGGGAGGAGAACCGCAACUCACUGGUCAACUACAUAGAACAGGUGCAUCGUGGUGUGAAGGGCUUUGUGCGCGACCUUCAGGGCGGAGCCAUCUUUAACGCCUCCAUCUCAGUGGAGGGCAUCGACCAUGACAUCACUACAGCUAAGGACGGAGACUACUGGCGUCUCCUGGCAGCAGGGAACUACAAGGUAUCUGCCUAUGCUCCAGGUUACCUGACCGUCAUCAAGAAGGUGGCUGUCCCCUACAGUCCUGCUAUUAGGGUGGACUUUGAGCUGGAGUCCUUGGUAGAGAGGAAGGAAGAGGAAAAGGAGGAGCUGAUGGACUGGUGGAAGAUGAUGUCAGAGACACUUAACUUCUGAACACUCUGAUUGGUCCAUAGUGCCACUGGCACGUCUGUGAUUGGUUGACAGGUUGAUUGACGUGUUUGUCUACAAAAUGGGUGUACUAUAUUGUGUGUUUUCCCGCCCACUGUACAGGUCUUCUCUUGAUUGAGUUUUUUCUGUCUCUAUUUAAUUUGGUUUAAUGGUUGAUGUUGUUGUCAGGGGUUACCCGUUACCAGGGGGCUCCAACCUUUUCUAGCAUGCGAGCUACUCAUUAUUUAUCUAGCUUUCCAAUUGGCCCUCUUCUCCCCUGCAACUCUUCCCCUGGUCCUUAGCUACUCAUUAUUUAUCUAGCUUUCCAAUUAACCCUAUUAAAUCUGUUAUUAUGUUCCUGGUCCUUAGCUACUCAUUAUUUAUCUAGCUUUCCAAUUAACUACUGGUUAAUAAACAGCUCUAAGACCCUAUUACAUCUGUUAUUUUGUUUCUGUCAAUAUACCUGGUUAAUAAACAGCUCUAAGACCCUAUUAAAUCUGUUAUUUUGUUUCUGUCAAUAUACCUGGUUAAUAAACAGCUCUAAAACCCUAUUAAAUCUGUUAUUAUGUUUCUGUCAAUAUACCUGGUUAAUAAUGGUUAAUAAACAGCUCUAAAACCCUAUUAAAUCUGUUAUUAUGUUUCUGUCAAUAUACCUGGUUAAUAAUGGUUAAUAAACAGCUCUAAAACCCUAUUAAAUCUGUUAUUAUGUUUCUGUCAAUAUACCUGGUUAAUAAUGGUUAAUAAACAGCUCUAAAACCCUAUUAAAUCUGUUAUUAUGUUUCUGUCAAUAUACCUGGUUAAUAAACAGCUCUAAGACUCUAUUAAAUCUGUUAUUAUGUUUCUGUCAAUAUACCUGGUUAAUAAUGGUUAAUAAACAGCUCUAAAACCCUAUUAAAUCUGUUAUUAUGUUUCUGUCAAUAUACCUGGUUAAUAAACAGCUCUAAGACUCUAUUAAAUCUGUUAUUAUGUUUCUGUCAAUAUACCUGGUUAAUAAUGGUUAAUAAACAGCUCUAAGACUCUAUUAAAUCUGUUAUUAUGUUUCUGUCAAUAUACCUGGUUAAUAAUGGUUAAUAAACAGCUCUAAGACUCUAUUAAAUCUGUUAUUAUGUUUCUGUCAAUAUACCUGGUUAAUAAUGGUUAAUAAACAGCUCUAAGACUCUAUUAAAUCUGUUGUUAUGUUUCUGUCAAUAUACCUGGUUAAUAAACAGCUCUAAGACUCUAUUAAAUCUGUUAUUAUGUUUCUGUCAAUAUACCUGGUUAAUAAACAGCUCUAAGACUCUAUUAAAUCUGUUAUUAUGUUUCUGUCAAUAUACCUGGUUAAUAAACAGCUCUAAGACCCUAUUAAAUCUGUUAUUAUGUUUCUGUCAAUAUACCUGGUUAAUAAACAGCUCUAAGACUCUAUUAAAUCUGUUAUUAUGUUUCUGUCAAUAUACCUGGUUAAUAAACAGCUCUAAAACCCUAUUAAAUCUGUUAUUAUGUUUCUGUCAAUAUACCUGGUUAAUAAUGGUUAAUAAACAGCUCUAAAACCCUAUUAAAUCUGUUAUUAUGUUUCUGUCAAUAUACCUGGUUAAUAAACAGCUCUAAAACCCUAUUAAAUCUGUUAUUAUGUUUCUGUCAAUAUACCUGGUUAAUAAACAGCUCUAAAACCCUAUUAAAUCUGUUAUUAUGUUUCUGUCAAUAUACCUGGUUAAUAAUGGUUAAUAAACAGCUCUAAAACCCUAUUAAAUCUGUUAUUAUGUUUCUGUCAAUAUACCUGGUUAAUAAACAGCUCUAAAACCCUAUUAAAUCUGUUAUUAUGUUUCUGUCAAUAUACCUGGUUAAUAAUGGUUAAUAAACAGCUCUAAGACUCUAUUAAAUCUGUUAUUAUGUUUCUGUCAAUAUACCUGGUUAAUAAUGGUUAAUAAACAGCUCUAAGACUCUAUUAAAUCUGUUAUUAUGUUUCUGUCAAUAUACCUGGUUAAUAAACAGCUCUAUGACUCUAUUAAAUCUGUUAUUAUGUUUCUGUCAAUAUACCUGGUUAAUAAUGGUUAAUAAACAGCUCUAAGACUCUAUUAAAUCUGUUAUUAUGUUUCUGUCAAUAUACCUGGUUAAUAAUGGUUAAUAAACAGCUCUAAGACUCUAUUAAAUCUGUUAUUAUGUUUCUGUCAAUAUACCUGGUUAAUAAACAGCUCUAAGACUCUAUUAAAUCUGUUAUUAUGUUUCUGUCAAUAUACCUGGUUAAUAAUGGUUAAUAAACAGCUCUAAGACUCUAUUAAAUCUGUUAUUAUGUUUCUGUCAAUAUACCUGGUUAAUAAACAGCUCUAAGACUCUAUUAAAUCUGUUAUUAUGUUUCUGUCAAUAUACCUGGUUAAUAAUGGUUAAUAAACAGCUCUAAGACUCUAUUAAAUCUGUUAUUAUGUUUCUGUCAAUAUACCUGGUUAAUAAUGGUUAAUAAACAGCUCUAAAACCCUAUUAAAUCUGUUAUUAUGUUUCUGUCAAUAUACCUGGUUAAUAAUGGUUAAUAAACAGCUCUAAGACUCUAUUAAAUCUGUUAUUAUGUUUCUGUCAAUAUACCUGGUUAAUAAUGGUUAAUAAACAGCUCUAAAACCCUAUUAAAUCUGUUAUUAUGUUUCUGUCAAUAUACCUGGUUAAUAAACAGCUCUAAGACUCUAUUAAAUCUGUUAUUAUGUUUCUGUCAAUAUACCUGGUUAAUAAUGGUUAAUAAACAGCUCUAAAACCCUAUUAAAUCUGUUAUUAUGUUUCUGUCAAUAUACCUGGUUAAUAAUGGUUAAUAAACAGCUCUAAAACCCUAUUAAAUCUGUUAUUAUGUUUCUGUCAAUAUACCUGGUUAAUAAUGGUUAAUAAACAGCUCUAUGACCCUAUUAAA